AUGAUUGGAAGUAAAGAUUGUUUUGUUGAAUCGGAGGGUGAGAACUCUAGGAGCAAGCUUUCAAUGCACAAUUUUAAGGCAAAAAACGAGUACCCAGAUGAGAAAUGUGUUGAAUUUCUGAGAGAUUCACAGGUGGGUGGUUGUGGAGGUGUUGAUGGGGUUCUCCACUCAAAACCCACCGACGUUGUUGUUGGAAGCUCGGGGUUCCAGGAUUUGACCCUCAGCUACCUUUGUGACAACCCAAAACUGAGUCUUGCUGAGAAAGAGAAUCCUGCUAAAAGCUUUCUGAAUUCCAUUGAGAGAAUGAGCCACAAAGGGAAAGAGGUUGUAAUUUAUGAGAACUUAAAUCAGGAUGGAAAAUGGGUGGAAAGAGAUUUCCUCAGCUUGAGUGAGCCAAGAGAGGAUUCUUCAAAGAGAUCCCUUGAGAAAGUUGUUGAGAGGGAGAGUAAUAGGGAGAAGAAGCAAAAACUGGAGACACUCAAUCUCUCUCUUGCUUUGCCUGAAGUGUCACUUUCCCUCACAGCUUCAAACGCCUUGCAAAAUGGUGAUCAACUAGUUAGGAUUAAACCUUGCAGGCCAUCCACUACUCACACUUCAUAUUCAAAUGACUACACAGCAGCUUCUUUGUCCUACUCAUAUUCCCACCCAUUGUCUCACAACCCAAGUUGCUCACUGACCCGCAAUUCAACCGAUAAUUUUGAGUACUCAGUGAGCAAAGAUGACCAAAUUUGGAACUGUGGGGAGGGGACUAAUGGGUCUGUGCAUAGUAGGUUCAAGCCAAUAGGAGAUGGGGUUGCUCUGUGCAACCAUGGUGCUGGUAUUAGUUCCUUUAUGCAAGGUAAUAGUCAGUAUAAAACUACUAGUUCUUAUAAUCAUUCUUUUUUCCCUUCAGAGUUGCCUGCUAGGCCAAGGCUUGAAGCUCAGUCAGGCGACUCAAGGGGGAGGAGCCCUGAGAAUCUUAGAAUCUUGGAUGGUUUGGUUGAUGAGAAGGUAAGGAAGCAUUCCAGACCAGAGAGAAUUAUAAGGGAGAUUGUUUCAGAGUCUAUCACUGUCAUGGCAUUGACAAUUCAGGAGCUUACUGAUGAUGUCAUAGCAUCAAUUAAGGGAUACUUAAAGAAUCUCAUAGAGAAGCCUGACAAGAAAGAGGAACUGGUAAGCCUCCAAAACCGGCUUGACAGAAGAUCUGACCUUACCAAGGAGAGUCUUUCAAAGUGCCAUAAAGUGCAAUUAGAGGUUUUAGUGGCUGUCAAGAUGAGGCUUGCCAGCUUCCUAUCUAGCAAAGUUCAGUUGUCUGAGUUGGUAGAGAUUUUCUUGUAUAAGAGAUGUAGGAAUGUAACCUGCAAGCAUUUGCUUCCUGUUGAUGAUUGUGACUGCAAGAUGUGUUCAGGAAAUACGGGCUUUUGUAGUUCUUGCAUGUGUCCUGUCUGUUUGAACUUUGAUUGUGCAAAUAACACUUGUAGUUGGAUAGGAUGUGAUGUUUGUUCCCAUUGGUGUCAUGCUGCCUGUGGCAUUCACAGAAAUCUUAUCAAGCCUGGGCCUAGCUUGAACGGGCCUUCAGGGACCUCAGAGAUGCAGUUUCAUUGUAUCGGAUGUGGACAUGCCUCGGAAAUGUUUGGUUUUGUUAAAGACGUGUUUGUGUAUUGUGCAAAGGAUUGGGGUCUUGAAACCUUAAUGAAAGAGCUUGACUGUGUAAGGAGGAUCUUCAGCGCAAGUGAAGAUCGCAAAGGGAAGGAAUUACAUGUGGUCACGGCGUACAUGCACUAA